GCACUCCUGAGUCCUCAGUCCACUCUCUCCUCCUGUGGCUGAGUGAGAGGAAGCUCAGCAGAUGCAGUGAAGACACAGUGAAGCUGCCGUGCUCGUCUGGACUCACAGUGGAAAGUUAAGGCCAGAACAUGGCUUCUGACAUCCCAGCACUCCCUCAGUCCAUCAGCCCUUCGACUGGCACUGUCUUCUCUGACCAGUCUGGCUUUUACUCUCUGGACUCCAACGUGCCGGGUCUGUCCAAGACCAUUCUGAACAAGCUCAACAUGAAAGACUAUGGAGAGUACAGGGCUGCCUUGGAGGGAAAAGCGAAAGGAACGUUGUUCCGCAACCACAAGGAGAUGUUCCAGAAGAUGGAGGAGACGUUUAAAUUCUGCGCAGGCUGCAACAAACUGCCUGAGCACCUCACUGAGGGACAGUGUCUGAAACGCUGCGUGAAGUGCUUGAACGUGUACUACUGCACCAAGGACUGUCAGAAAAAGGACUGGCCUCAGCAUAAAAAGGUCUGCAAGACACUGCGUCUGGUGGCCAUCGACAGACUCGUGGAGUGGCUGACGUUCACAGGUGACCUUCCUUUGCCCGCUCAGCCGUGGUCUAAGUCGGCCGCUGAGGUGAAGAACUGGGACGACUGGCUCCUCAUGAGGGAGGACCUCACGCCAAGUCUGGCCGCCAUUCUGUCUGGAACCAAGAUGGAAUCCCUGUGGGAAAAUGUCAGCAGGCCACGACUGGAUGAUGCUGAUCUGCAACAGUCGCUAUGGCGACUUCAGAGCGUGUUCCUCUCUCGUGUUCUCACUGUUGGGAUGGCCGUGCAGCACUUUGGCCUGGAUCCACGCAGCAAGCCCCUCACUGUUCAUGUGGCAGGGGUAUCCCAUAAUGAGACUCUGGGAGCCAGGCUGACUGACUAUGACGAGCUGAACCACAUGUUCCCCGGACAUGAGGGCAUUGAGAUCGUGAUGGUGGGACCAGAGGUGGUGAAUGGUCCCAUCAUGAGGCCUCCGCUCAGAGCAUUUGGUCCCAGGAAGAGGGUCUACAUUAGUGCCAAUAAGGGUCUCUAUCAUCAAUUCUGGGAGGAGCUGGUGGAGAAAGAGCAAGCAGCUAAGCCAGACCUGGUGGUUGGAUUUCAUCCCGGGUUCCACGCUCACCAGGGCCUGAUAGAAGGCUGGCUGCCCACCCUUCUGUUGCUCAGAGAUUAUAACAUCCCUUCCUUCUUUACCAUGUACAGUGAGACGGAGCUCAAGUCCUCCCUGCAGAUUCUGCUGGAGCUGGAGAUGCACAUCAGGGAGAGUGGCUCAAAUCCAUUCACAUCCCAGAAACCAGAGCAGGUCCAGUCUUGCCCCAACAAAACCCCAGUCUACUGCAACUCUCACUACAUCAGUUUCCAGGGACUGCUGCCACAGGAGGACACGGAGCAACCACUCACGGACAAUUGACUGAUCUCCAUAACAGGCCUUCUGCAACAAUGAUUGAUGACAGAAAUCACUCAAAGCUCAAUAUGAAGAACAACAUCAGUGUUUCCUAAACUAUCGUGACCCAAAACACAGGAGAGCAAAGUUGUGCAUGAUGUAACAACUCAUUCACAGCCGUAUCUGUGUGGUCAAUAAAUUCAAACUUCAUCUUACCCCACAAUAAAACCUCCUCCGACCCAUC